CAUUUAAUAGAUGCAGAUAUUUACUAGGUUAAAAUUGGAAAAUCAGUGUUCACAGUCAUGUAAAUUAUCCAUUUCAGCCCAUUGAGAAUAGGACAGGAUAUAUGUACUCUUUAAAAUAGAUCUUAUAGGGCCAGAGAUUUAGCUCAGUAGUGCCGACACCUGACUGCCUUGCCAGUACAAGGUCCUGAGUUCGAUCCCCGGUACCAAAAAAAAAAAAAAAAUCUUAUAGCCAGCCCUGUGUUACAGCCUCGGAAGUAGUCUUCGAAUAAAUAUAUUUUGAUUCCCCAUAAUUUUACUUGACCAGAAUUUUUAGUGGUGCUUGUACCUACAUUUAUCAAAGAAGCGUAUUUUACUUCUUCAUACAACUGUGUUCUUGAAAAAUAAUAGGUAAACCAAUGAGAAUCAAGUCACUGUAAUGUAUUUAGUGGUAUUUUUCUUGUUGUAAGCUUCCUUUAUACAUACAGUCAAUCAUUAGUUUCUGUACUUGAUUUUUUUCAUUUGUGGUGCUUUCAUAAAUCAUGCACCAGUUAUAUUGAUAUCUUUUCUCCAUCCCACCCACCCUUUUAUUAGUUCCCUAGCUCUAGAAUGAGAAAAUUUGAAGAAAUAAACCAAGAUUUCUACCACACAUGUAUGUUGUGACUAGUGAUAGGCCCAUCGAUGUAGUGGUUAUUUUGUAUCUCUGCGUGAUUGUUUUACCUAAGGUAUUAACAAGAUGCUUGAAAUUACCAAAUGGGUGAAUUAAACCAAAUGGAUCAGAAAGUAGCAAAGUGAUAUUUUUAAAGUUUGAUUGUUUUUGGUUCAGAGCAAAAGUAUGUCCUCAUUUUCAUGAGUGCUCAACUACUGUAUUUUUACUUCAAAUUGUGACACCCGGAGCUUUGCUGUGUUUUAAAUACAUCCACACUUGGAUUAGUUCUAACAAGAAUUUGACUGUGCCUGCAUAAGCAUGCUUUUGUCCAUUUUGUUUGCUAAAACAAGUGUUGUGUGCUACCCCAUUAUAAGAUUACUUUAUACAGUUUGUUUAAUGAAAAAAAGAUAAUGACCAUGGAAAUGUUAAUGGUUGUACUUUCUUUAUAAUUUCAUUUCUUCAUCAUGCAAUAAUUGGCAAUAACCACCAGCAAUGUAGGUAUGAACUUGGUGAAGUUAGUUGACUGUGGUUUUUUUUUUCCUAAUUGUGGAAAAAGAACAGCAGAGAACCAUGUGAUGAUUAUAACAAGAGACUAGUUUGGAAGUCAGAAUGCUAAGGUCCUUUUUGUAAAUUUUUGAAACACUUCUAAUGGAUAGAUUACUGACCAUUUACCUACCUUUAUCUUGCUUAAUUGUCCUGGCAAAAUAGAAUUUUUUGUGGAAAUUUUUGGUACAUAUAAGGUGGCUUUUCAGAUAAAGUGAUUUUCCUUCAUUUAGAGAAACAAUUUACCCUUUUAUAUUUUUAUAGUUACCUUACAUUAGCCCUUGCUUCUCCUGGUUGAUAAAGGUAACAGCUUUUCUAUGGUGCUUAAAUAUAGCACCUGAUUGUAUAUAGUUAAAAAUAGUUUAUGAGGGUUCUGCUUCACCAUGAUGGAGCCAUCCUGCAGCUGCUCUGAGUUUCAAGCUCAGUUGGGCCCUCUCCAAGAUUCCUACCUGCCAAUCUCCUUCCCCUGGGGAACAUGUGAACCUGAAUAACUCACCAGCCACUGCAGUCCACUGUGUGCACUGCUCCAUUCCACUGGUUGCUGCUGCUUUUGCUAAGAGAACAUCCAUGACUCUGAUGGUGUUUUCAUUCAACAUAAAGUGCUUUAUUUCCUUUAUUGAUUGACUGAACAAAUUCAGCACAUAGAGUCCAUGAAGCUUCCUAUUCAAUCACCAGAAGGAUCUCUUUGAAAGAUUCGUCACAGGACUACCAGAGAGACUAAUUGUUCUGAAGCAUCAUGUAUUGAAACAUCUGAAGUUUUUUCAUCUGUGUACUAACUAGAAACAGUUAUGAUGUUUUCAAUUCUUUGAGCUCCAGGAAGCUAGGAGAGUGAGUUGAAAAUCUGAAAAUGCAGCCAUGGACUGGUUCCUGGUGUUGGAUUAUGCUCAUUCUUUUUGCCUGGGGGACCUUGCUAUUUUAUAUAGGUGGUCACUUGGUUCAAGAUAAUGACCACCCGGAUCACUCUAGUUGAGAACUGUCUAAGAUUCUGGCAAAGCUGGAACGUUUAAAGCAGCAGAAUGAAGACUUGAGACGAAUGGCUGAAUCUCUCCGGUCUUCUAGUUGGAACUCUUGACUCGGUUUUGGACUCUACUGCUAAAGUGGCUCCAUUCCGUAUCCUACAUCAGACACCAGAUUCUCAAGUUUACUUGUCAAUUGCAUGUGGAGCCAACAGAGAAGAAAUAACCAAGCACUGGGAUUGGUUGGAACAAAAUAUCAUGAAGACCUUAUCUGUGUUUGACUCAAAUGAAGAUAUUACUAAUUUUGUACAAGGAAAGAUAAGAGGAUUAAUUGCUGAAGAGGGAAAACAUUCUUUUGCAAAAGAAGAUGAUCCUGAGAAAUUUCGAGAAGCCCUUUUGAAAUUUGAAAAAUCAUUUGGUUUACCAGAACAGGAAAAAUUAGUGACCUAUUAUUCAUGCAGUUAUUGGAAAGGACGGGUUCCUUGUCAGGGUUGGCUCUAUCUUAGUACCAACUUUCUAAGCUUCUAUUCUUUUUUGUUGGGAUCAGAAAUAAAACUCAUUAUCUCCUGGGAUGCAGUCUCAAAACUUGAAAAGACUUCAAAUGUCAUACUGACAGAGAGUAUUCACGUGUGUUCUCAAGGGGAGGAUUACUACUUUUCAAUGUUUUUGCACACUAACCAAACAUACCUUCUUAUGGAACAAUUGGCAAACUAUGCUGUAAGGAGACUUUUUGAUAAGGAAACAUUUGAUAAUGACCCAAUCCUUGAUGAUCCUCUACAAAUUACUAAAAGAGGUUUGGAAAAUAGAGCCCACAGUGAGCAAUUUAUUGCCUUUUUUCGGCUGCCAAAAGAAGAGACGCUGAAAGAAGUACAUGAAUGUUUCUUAUGGGUACCAUUCAGCCACUUCAAUACUCAUGGAAAAAUGUGCAUCUCAGAAAACUAUAUCUGCUUUGCUAGCCAGGAUGGCAGUCUAUGUAGUGUAAUCAUUCCAUUACGAGAGGUUUUAGCUGCAGAUAAAACAGAUGAUUCCAGCCAAUCUGUCAUCAUUAGCAUCAAAGGAAAAACAGCUUUCCGCUUUAGUGAAGUUAAAGACUCUGAACAACUGAUAGCAAAACUCAGGCUCAAGUGUGGCACAGCUUCAAGUCAGUGUGAUAUUAGCACAGAGGUUGCUAUUACUUCUGACUCUACAGGUCCAUCUGAUAAUUUUGAAGUACAAUCUUUGACAUGUCAAAAAGAAUGCAGUAAAGCUGUGAACACAGAAGCCUUAAUGACGGUAUUUCACCCUCAAAAUUUGGAGACUCUUAAUUCUAAAAUGUUGAAAGAAAAGAUGAAGGAACAGUCAUGGAACAUUCUAUUUUCAGAGUGUGGGCGUGGUGUUACCAUGUUUCGAACCAGAAAGACUCGCCAUCUGGUUGUAAGAGGGAUUCCUGAGACCUUAAGAGGAGAGCUCUGGAUGCUUUUUUCAGGUGCUGUUAAUGACAUGGCUACUAAUCCUGGCUAUUAUGCUGAAGUGGUUGAAAAGUCCUUAGGGACCUGCAACUUGGCUACUGAAGAAAUUGAACGUGAUUUGCGUCGCUCCCUCCCUGAGCACCCAGCAUUUCAGAGUGACACUGGCAUAUCUGCUCUGAGGCGGGUACUCACUGCUUAUGCAUAUAGGAAUCCCAAAAUUGGAUACUGCCAGGCAAUGAACAUUUUGACUUCAGUGUUGCUUCUGUAUGCAAAGGAAGAAGAAGCUUUUUGGCUUUUGGUUGCUGUAUGUGAACGAAUGUUGCCUGAUUAUUUUAAUCGUCGAAUCAUUGGUGCCUUGGUGGAUCAGGCAGUCUUUGAAGAACUUAUCAGGGAUCACCUUCCUCAGCUGACAGAACACAUGACAGAUAUGACAUUCUUUUCCUCAGUUUCUCUCUCAUGGUUCCUCACACUUUUUAUUAGUGUGUUGCCUAUUGAAAGUGCAGUGAAUGUGGUGGACUGUUUCUUCUAUGAUGGAAUAAAGGCUAUUUUACAACUGGGAUUGGCAAUACUUGACUAUAAUUUAGACAAGCUGCUGACAUGUAAAGAUGAUGCUGAAGCUGUGACAGCUUUAAACAGGUUCUUUGACAAUGUCACGAAUAAGGAUAGCCCAUUGCCUUCAAGUGUUCGGCAGGGUUCAAAUGAGAGUGAUGAAAAAAGCAGUCAUAUUAAAGUGGAUAUUACAGAUUUGAUCAGAGAGUCUAAUGAGAAAUAUGGUAAUAUUCGCUAUGAAGAUAUAUAUAGCAUGCGCUGUCAAAAUAGGUUGUAUGUGAUACAGACCCUGGAGGAAACAACAAAGCAGAAUGUGCUGCGUGUUGUAUCACAAGAUGUGAAAUUGAAACUUCAUGAAUUAGAUGAGCUUUAUGUGAUCUUUAAGAAAGAGCUGUUUUUAUCUUGUUAUUGGUGUUUGAGUUGUCCAGUACUAAAGCACCAUGACCCCAGCCUGCCAUAUUUGGAACAGUAUCAGAUUGACUGCCAGCAGUUCAGAAUGUUGUAUCACUUGUUGAGUCCCUGGGCUCAUUCUGCAAACAAAGACUCACUAGCUUUAUGGACAUUCAGAUUGUUGGAUGAAAAUUCUGAUUGCCUUAUAAACUUCAAAGAAUUCUCUUCUGCAAUUGACAUAAUGUAUAAUGGAAGUUUUACUGAGAAGCUUAAACUGCUUUUUAAGCUGCAUAUUCCUCCGGCUUAUACUGAAGUGAAAUCUAAGGACUCUUCAAAAGGAGAUGAACUUUCCAUGGAAGAAUUGCUUUAUUUCAGUCAGCUCCACGUUUCCAAGGCUACAAAUGAGAAAGAAUCAAAUUCAGGAAAAAACAGCCCUGAAAAAGGCAAAGGAAAAAUUGAUAUUCAAGCAUACCUAAGUCAAUGGCAAGAUGAGCUGCUCAAAAAAGAAGAAAAUAUUAAAGAUUUGCCAAGAAUGAAUCAGUCACAAUUUAUUCAGUUUUCAAAGACCCUCUAUAAUUUAUUUCAUGAGGACCCUGAAGAAGAAGCAUUAUAUCAAGCCAUUGCUAUUGUAACUAGCCUUUUGCUCAGGAUGGAAGAAGUUGGAAGGAAACUACAUAGCCCGACAUCAUCAGCCAAAGCAGUCCCUGGUAUAGUCUGUGCUUCUGGAGGACCCAAUGAAAGGAAAACAGAGAGCCACUUGGAGAAAAAUUCUUCCUCUCUUAGGGAGGAACCUCAGUGGUCAUUUGCAUUUGAACAGAUUCUUGCAUCUCUGUUGAAUGAACCAGCUGUGGUAAGGUUUUUUGAGAAACCCAUAGAUUUAAAAGUCAAGCUAGAAAAUGCAAAAACUUCUCAGUUAAGAUCUAGAACCAAAAUGUAAAUUUCUUAACAGGAAUUGGUAUCGAAGACAAAUUUACCAAGAUUUCUAUAGCCCUCAGCUUGAUUCCUGGAAGUUAGGCUCAAGGAUUUUAUCUGGUUAGUAAUGUGCUUAAAGGAAAAAGGAGUAAGAUAUUCAGAAGCACAAUUAUUUAUUUGAGAUGAUCUCAAAUUUUGAUAUUCUCAAAUACAAGUGCAGUCAAACCUUGGAUUGUGAGUAACUUGGUCUUCAAGCGUUCCACAAGAUGAGCAAACAUUUCUAAGAAAUUUUAACUUGAUAAACGAGGCAAUACAGUGAACACAUGAUUGCAACUGGUUCCUCUCACUCUCUCGCUCACUGUCUCUCUCUCUGUCUCUGCUUUGAUAUAAAAGUGCUUUAGAUUACAAGUGGGUUGAAUUAUUCUCACAAACCAAGGUUUUACUGUACUCUUAUUUUAGAAGAGAUGCAGUAUUAAGGAAGGAUGUUCAAUGCAACCACCAGGGGGCACCACUAUACCAUUGUUAGUAAGGAAAUUACUAGUUUGUGCUAUUUACAUGUGAUUACUAAUGAUUUUGAAAAGGUGUUAGUUUAUUAGUGAUGCUGGUAUGUCAUAUUGAUAAAUCUUAUUUUCCAAAUUGCCUCAGUCUUGUUAGAAUGCUUUAGAAAACUAGGCUCUUAGAUCUAUACCCUUAUCUAGGAAAUUACCAUUCAGAGCCCUUAUUUUCAGGUUAUCUAACUGAAAUAUUAUUAACAUUUCAAAUUUAAUUUCAUCCAAUCUACUAAUAGAUGAUUUGUUAGUUACUUGUGCAAUCUCCACCUGAAGAAUUUAGAAGCUGCUGACUAUGCUGCUAUCUUUUACUGUUAAGAACAAAACAAGAACUCUAAACACUAGGCUGAUAGAAAAGGAAAAAAUGCUGGACUUGAAUUUAAACUGGAUAAGACCAGCAUUUUAGAAGAGUUUAAGAAACAGUUCAGGGCCAGGGAUGUAGCUCAGUGGCACUGUGCCUGCCUGGCAAGCGCAAGGUCCUGAGUUCAAUCCCUAAUACUGGGGAAAAAAAAAAAAAAAAGUUCAGUUAACUCUAUGGAUCUCUCAUUAGACUAAGAAAUUACUAGAAAUUCUUCAGAGCAAUACUGUUUGUGUUAUUUGUCUCAAUAUGUUGCGAUUUGUCUCAGUAGUUAUAGAUUUUGGAUUUUCUCAGUCAUGUUUUAAUUUACAUUAGAUAGUAAAGAUAGUUACAUUUAAACUGAAUUGUUAUAUUAGUCUGGCAGGCACAUAAAGUAUACUUACACGUGAUACUUGCCGAUGUAAUGUGUAGAAUUGCCAACAUCUAUCUAGAAAGUUCGAACUAUCUGAUUUAGAUAUAUAAUUUCUGUAUACUUUAUGCUGCUUAUGUUUUGGACACGCCAUGACAAUCCAUUUAGAGACAUAAUGGACUUUGUUGGCGCUUAAAAUGAAACAAGUAAACUACACUUACCCAUUCUUCUGUCCUAUUUCUGACGAGAGCAAUUUUUUUUUUUUGGUACCGGGGAUCGAACUCCGGACCUUGCACUUGUGAGGCAGGCGCCGGAACCACUGAGCUAAAUCCCCGGCCCUGACAAGAGAAAUUUAAUAAUUGAAUUCGGAAAUGGAGUAGAAAUCAUCCAUUGGAGUUUCUUUCUUCACAAAAGACUUUGGCUUUAAGUCCUUGAAGUUUUUGACAUAUGAAACAAUGAAAGGGCAGACCUCCUGAGUGAUCCAAGAAGUCAUCUUUUCUGAGCAGGAGUUGGUAUAGUGACCCUUAGGCAAGAGUCCACUGUGAACAAAGCCUAAUGCAGAGAUGCUUGUCACCAUACAAUAUAUUAUCUUCAGAAAAGUUAAAGAAUUUUCAAGUUGACCCUUUGAAAAUUGAUACAUUGGGUUUGGCCAAACCUUUUACUACUCAUGUCUUUAAGAUAAUUUGAUCACCUUCUCUUGUCAAGGAAAUUACCACUUAAAGAGAUAGUUGGUAAGAUCUACGCCUUUAUUCGGAAAUGAUUUGCUGAAAUACAUCCACAUUUUAAAAGCUUAGUUAAUAGUUUGUAUUAAAGCUAUCAUAUAUUUGCUGUUAUGCAAUGAUUGUUAAAUUAUGCUACAAUAGCUCUAGAAGGACAUACCGUCAAUGCUUAUGCACAAAAACAUUACACACUUUGUUGAAUAUUUUGUCAGUUGGAUUUACAAAGAAUACUUUUUAAGAGCAUAUGUUAUUAAUAUAUUGUAUUAUAAAGUCAAAAAAGUGAAGAUUACUGAGUAUUGUGUUUUAACCUAGAUUAAUUAAAAUUGAAUACUUAAAGGGAUUUUUGAGUUGCAAAAAGAUUAUAAAGACAAGUUAAAAAGAAAAAUUUAUUUUCUGAGUCUGCAGGAGAAACAAGCUGAAUAUAUAGUUUUAUAGCUGCUACGUUGUUAAGCAGAUGAAUUGUACUAAAUAUUAAAAAUCUUAUGUAGUUGUGUCAUACUAAACCAGUGCAUUAUACCUUAUACAUUAAAUGUAAUAAAGUGGUUUUACUUCUCUUUAUAAGAAUAAAUAUUAUAAAUCUCCUAUAUUAAACAUGAAAAUGGUUUGCUUAAAGAGAUUAA